CGCACUUUUUCAUUUCAAUCGUGUACGGGUACGUGAACGGACGGUCGACAGACUUCUCGCCCCAGCAGGACCAGGAACGCCAGUUGCAAUCUUGUAUCCCUGCUGCUGUACCGUGCGUGAGUGUGUGCGUGUGCAUCUCUGUGAGUAUUCAAGUCACUUGAUCGAGCUCUUGAUGAAGCUUUAAGCGGGGAACAAACGAUUAGUGAGAUUACUGAUAGUGAUAGCUUGGAAAUUAGCGAGGUGAUAUACGUGUAUUGCACAAAAGCACAGUGUCAAAUCAAUUCAGCGCGAAAAAGGAAAAGGGUGCAAUGUGUUGAUAGUUGCUGGUUUGAAAGAGACAUAAUUGAAAUCAAAGUGCGUAUUCAGCGAAUAUCUGCUGCUGCUGCUUGCUUGUCACGUGAAGUGAAGUGAAGUGUAGAAACGUGUUAAAUCACAAUGUGUGAUUUCCCAGCAGUUGUUGAGUUGAACGUCGGAGGAGUCCAUUACGCCACCAGUUUGGAUACGCUCAAGUCAGAGGAUGGCUCGUUACUUCAGGAGCUUUUCAGGGGUACCACCCUUGAUGUACCCCGCGACAGUCAGGGUCGGUUCUUCAUCGAUCGCGAUGGGAGUCUGUUCCGAUUUGUGCUGGACUACCUGCGGGAACCAAGCAAGUUUAAAAUGCCAACCGAGUUCCGCGAGCGAGAGCUCCUGCGGAAGGAGGCAGAGUACUUUCGGUUGAAUGGAUUGGUCGAGGCGGCGACCAAAGCACCUGGAUGUAUCAUAAUCGGUUAUCGGGGAAGCUUCCAGUUUGGCCGAGACGGGCUGGCGGAUGUGAAGUUCCGGAAGAUUACCCGACUGCUGGUCCAUGGACGGGUAGCGAUUUGUCGGGAGGUAUUUGGAGACACGCUGAACGAGUCCCGGGACCCAGAUCAUGGUGGACCUGAUCGUUACACGGCUCGGUUUUUCCUGAAGCACGUUUUCAUCGAGCAAGCGUUCGAUAUGCUGCAGGAGAAUGGUUUCCGGUGCAUCGGAAGCUGCGGCUCGGGUACCGCAGGGUCGGUAACGGAAAAUUUGAAACCAGGUGUGGACUCGGAGGAGAAUCGUUGGAACCACUACAACGAGUUCGUUUUCGUGCGUGAUUAAAGUGGACGCAGGGUAGCCGAAGGUCAACUUGCGCUCCGUGGUGUCGUGGAGGAGGUUAUUGGUGACCAAGGAAUGGAUCGCAUAUAGCAGGAAAGUGAAAUGAGGAAAAACUAAAUCUGUAGAUACCAUGUGAUACGUUAGGAGGAGCCCAAAGGGGCUGUCAGCCCCUACAGCAGUGGAGCCGAAUUGUGGGAUUUGUUAAGUUCAGGUUACUUUUACAGUAGUUGAUCGAAUGAUUCAGCUUGGUUUAGAUUCCAUAUAAAAACACAAACAACUUUAGAAAAAUGCAUCGAUUUCGCUGAACAUAAGGCGCAAGUAUAGAAGGAAAAAUUGUUGAGUUUCUCAACGAGGUAUUUUGUGCGGCACAAAGGGUUACACUGUAAUUAUCGCCUUUAUCAUCAUCGCUAUGAAGGCUAUGCGCAUCGGAAGCUAACUGCCAUGAAGGUACUGAUAUUUGAACAUCGAAAUAUAAUCGAAAUGGGACAUCUGUCACAACUACUAUUAUGACCAAGAUAUAAAUAUAUAAAAACCAAUUGUAUGUGAUUUGCACUUCAAGAGACCAAAAUACUCAAUUUUUAAUUGAAUUAACAUAUUUCUCGGGCGAUUCAUGCGUUGAAAAUACUCCCGAGAGACUUCUGCCUUUGUACAGGGCUAGACGAUUUCUUUUUUUCGGUUUCCGAGUCAUCAAACAUCAUGCGCAACAGUUCCGGAGUACAAUCUCUAGGUAUGAUGCAAUGCAAGAGCUUCUUCUGCAAUCCAAAUCUCCUGAGUGGCUGGAUUAGAUUCAUAAACCACAUAGUUCAGCAUGGAUUUGGAUGCAAAUGGAAUAUUUUUACAAUGGUUCGGUGUUUAGAUAUGCUUAAUCAAAUUUGAAUUCCCUGUAAUAGUUCAUUGUUGAUUUCAAGCUUCUGUUCCAACAAAAUGAAAAAAUGUACACACAGCUAUUAGCUAGCGACACGUAUGAAUCACGUAUGCAGUAUUCAGCUUUAUAAUCAUUACGUCUUUCUGUGAAGCAAGUGUACUUCCGACGCAAUUUGUCGGUAAAAAUACACUUCCGUUUAGACAAUAAAGAAAUCAACUUCAACAAAACACAAAAUCAACACCCAAUGAGGUACAUAUUGAGGUGGAGCAGUAGGCGAAGUAUAUCUGUAUUGGCAAGCAAAAUAUUGUGUCAUAAUUAUUUGCAUUCAAUAUGGAAUGUAUAUGGAAAAAAACAAAACAAUGUUCAAAGUACUCACGGUUGCAUGAUAAUUUGAGCCGAAAUUCUGAUGAAAUCAUCCAACUGUUUGUUUUUCAACAGAUGACAAUUGACAUUGUGGCUUAUUUCGAUUAUUUAUGUAGUAAAAACGUCCAGAGAGCAGUCGUAUACUUAGAUCUCGAAAGCAGUAACAUUUUCGGUGUUUUUUUAAUUGCCGAUUAUUUUCCCACAACAUACACACCGACACUGAAAGCCUUCAAAACAUCAACUUCGUAACGUUAAAAUAAUGAAAGUUCGUUUGUUUCUAUGAACGUGGGGGAGUGAAUAUGGCACAUGGAAAUAUCACUUUUAUCCGUCUUUUUCGAUGUGAUUUCACAAAUAUUCACUCCACGCUAUCACAUUAGCCUCAUAUUCAGCGGGAGCUCUACAAAAAUGUACGUUUUAAAUUGAUAAAACACUUCCUGACAAUAGCAUUUUCACAUGGAUGUGGUAGGCAAUCAAAUAUAAACACGACGACUGACGUCAAUAUUUGAGAAAUAGUUAUGGCAGCGCAUGCUAUGUCGCUUGAAAAAACACCAUCUUCAUUACUUAUUUUUCAGGACAUUGAUCAACACCGUAACCGGUGAAACGAGAACUCUGAAUGAAAACGGAUGGAAGAUCUUCUGAAAGAUGCAACUGUCACUUUUUACACGCACGUAAAAUUUGAGUCAUCAAUAAAAAAGUUUUCAUUCAAAACCAAAAUACACUGAAAAAAAAUAUGAAAUCAGUACAUGUCCAUCCGAAUCAAAAUUUACGAGUAUUGCAACAUGAAGAUCUGAAUCUUUCUCCUAUCGUUCUGAUUCCAAUCCAUCACAGCACACGAUUACAAAAAAUGUGAAAAAGUAGCUUCAUUUCAAUUUAUGAACUGUGACAGUUGGUGCUCAUUUGCUCAUGUUGCAUGCAUUUAGGCGGACACCACCAAUAAAAUGACAAAAAAAUUGUCCGUAGCUGAAGUAAACGAAUCUACCGUAAAGAACUGAAAUUUUUAUCAUCCGGUGGAUGUAAGAAUGACAAGUAUGGGAAUUUUCCACUUCAGCUAUUUCACUGAGAAAAGAAUGUAGUCCAUGACAUAACGAUGAAUAUGAUAAUAUAGAGUUUCACGCGUAAAAUGCAUAGGUUAUUAUUGUUAAUUCAGGAUUCCGAGCUCAUUACCAACAUGUUAAGUUGGUCUAAGAAGGUUUUUGAAGGUUCCAAUAGAUUUUUCCACUGUUCACGUUGAUUCUACAUCACCUGGUUUUCGUGUUCGCGGAACAUUCUCUUGUUCUUGAAGCCGUAAAGUUCAAGUUACUUUUUCGUUAAAAAAAGACGGCUUUCGAAAUAAAGACGAAAAGAUAAUACACAAAACUGCGGGUUCUUCAGAAGGUUAAUAUCUUCCAGUUCGUGAAAAUGUGUACAAUAUUCUUGUUACGAAUUUUAAUCGUUUGUUUCACACAAUCUGCUAUUCGUUUCUUCUGAGAUAUUCUCGAUUCUUCAACUCAAAGCUUCGGAAUGAUUUGCCUCGGAAGAACAAUAUUAUUUCUACGCUUUCUGGUCGCUUUUCUGAUAUCCGAUCGAUUGCUAUCAGAUGUGCAAAUUGAUACUCACCAUUUUUCGAAAUUUGAUGUUUUUACUUCACAAAAAAUAUCCUGUUCCCAUUUUAGGGAGUGUUGCACAUUGAAAGCCUCAGCUUUUCCCCAUCUUUCAGGCAGCAUACGAAUUUUACGUCUGAAGAACUUUCGAAGCGAUCCGCGAUUCUGCCCAAUGUUUGGUUGUAGAAAUUGGAAGUGCUGCACAGCCAGACCAAGCGUCACCGAUCGAAACAAAUGUUAAUCGAAACGGGGAAAUAUCUGGAAAACAUGGCGAGGGAAGUUGACGUCCCUUUCAAGAGUUUUCAGAUAAGUUUUAACGCUUUCAGCAACAUGUGGCCGAGCGUUCUCCUACAUUGAAAUUCCCUUAUCAUAUCGUUGCUCAUUUUGCGGUCGCAUUUCCUGCAAUGCUCGGUUCAAACGCAUAAGUUCGGUUGCGAGCUCCUGUGAUGGUUUCAUCUGGUUUGAAUAGCUCGUAAAAUGUAUUCAUUUCACAUUCCCAGUAAUAAUCCGAUAAAAGAACUCAUUUUUUGACGCUGGAGCCUGUUCGUACACAAACUAAUCCCAUUUCAAGUCUCUCGGUUCAAAUUUGUACAGACUCACAAACAAUACGAAACAACUCGUCGAGCUACUUCCAAUUAUGCUGCAGCUGUUUCUGUUGCGUUUGAGUUGAAUUCUCAUGAAGAAGUGCCUCCAAUUUUGCAGCUCCAAACGUUUUCAAACUACACAAAUAUCUCGACUUCUAAAGCAAAACUGUCUGCAAAUGUUUUUGGUUGAUUGUUGGCUUGGAUGACUCAUUCUUCUGUAUUUUUCUGACACCUAAUAAAGCUCUUCGCUGUAAAAAACUACAAAUGAAUCACUCAAAAUAUUGUCCAUCGCUAGUUACCAUUCUGGCAGGACUAGAAUUUCGUUACUGCAGAAGUCAUCGUCUUUUGAAGCUAGCCAUGAGUCAGUUUUAUAAUUUCGAUUGCUUUAUAUGGGCAGAACUGCUGAUCAGUCAUACAAAGCACCAUUGGAUGGAACUAGCAAUAAUCGGAAGGCACAAUAUAUUUAAAAUUGUUUCCAAUUGGUUUGGUAACAUAAGGCCGAGCGUUGUCAUGCUACAGAAUAACUUUUUCGUGCCUCUGCUCGUAUUUUGGCUGUUUUUCGCGCAGUGUUGGGCUUAAUCGCAUCAGUUGGAUUCGAUACCGUUCUCCAAUGAUGGUUUCAACCGAUAUCAACAGCUUAUUACCAACACAGCAUAACAUGUUCACAGACAUGUUCACAGAGAAAAAAAAAUUCUCAGCGAUAUCAACGGCUUUAAUGUUUCCCAUAGUAUAAAGUCGCUUGAAAAAGGAUUGGCAGAUAAUUCGUAAUCCUGGAGCAAGCUCUUAUUGUGUUUGACACAAAUCCGUUUUAUCACAUUUCUAGACUUGAUCCAUGGCGUUUUGGAUAUAUAGAUCAGUAUUUACGGCUGGAGCCAUUCAUUGACUAACAGUGGGAACUUAGUUGCCCCCGGAAUAGGAAAAAUUUCCCGAGAGAGAAAUUUGGCAACCCGAUCGAGAUCGACCUCUGCAUUCUAAAAUCCGUUCGAGAUUCAAACCCAAUCGACAUAUGCAAGAGUGGGAACAUUGCCUCCGUUUUUUUUCGACGUGAUUUCACAUAUUAUCACUGUACGCCAUUACAAAAUGUACGUUUUUAAUUGAUAAAUUACUUGAUGAAAUUAGCAUUUUCACAUGGAUGCGGUUGGCAAUCAAAGAUAAACACAACGACUGACGUCACUAUUUGAGAAAUAGUUAUGGCAGCGCAUGCUAUGUCGCUCGAAACUUCAUUACCAUCUUCAUUACCUUUUUUUCCAGGACAUUGGGUCAAGGCAAUGUUGCCAGUUUUGCAUAUUUCAAAUGGGUUUGAAUAUUGGAUGGUUUUCAAAAUGCAGAACUAUAUUUCAUUCGGGUUGCAGAAUAAAAAGUCGAUCUCGAUCGGACUGCGAAAUUUCCAAACUCGUUCGGGUUCCGGGGAUAGAGGUGAAUUAUUUUAUAUUAUUGAUAUAGUUUUAUGCGUUCAAAAUAAUUAUUCGCAUUCUUAGUUCCCAAAUUUAGAACUGAAUUCGGGCAUUCGGGUUAAUGUGAUGUAGAGUAAAUAGCUUGACGAAUACGGAUGGAUUACUUUGUUAUCAGUCCCAUUCAAAGUAAAUGUGUCAAAAGUGGUGUUGGAAAUUUGAGACAAAUGCAAUUGAACAUAUUUUUAGUUUUUUUUCUACGAUGAAUAUGUAUUAGCAAAUCAAUUUUAUUGUAGUCAAAUGAAAAAAAAGGCUGUAUUGUAUCCUAAAAUCAAAUUAAUUUCGCGAAACAGUACCAUUUGAGUAAUGAGACACUGUUUAAUGGCCAACGAAGCUUUUUUUUAUCCCUUUUUGUUUAUUCUAGGCUCAUUAGCAUUUCAGCUGUAACAGAGCCGAAUUUUUUAAUUGUGUACAUGUCACAUGUUUAUCAUAUCUAUAAUAAUUAGCACAUUACACAGUUGCCAUUUUCGGCGUUAGAGUAUUCCCUUCUAUACCAUUGCAUAUGGUACACAUUCACACAGUAGCCAUUUAGGCGUAAGAGUUUUCUAUCUGUUCUUCCAUUAUCCAGUUAGACCCGGACAGCGGAGACAGUUGUUGAUCAUUGUUGAGUUAUUUAUAGAACAGCAGCCCGAUGUUUCUUGCAGAGCAGAGCAGUUGUAUGGAUGAAUCGAUCUUAUUUCGACCGUGGAUCGAUCUCCAUCGCUGAUGAUUGUUGCGUGGACAUAGUUAUUCUGUAACAACACAAAGAUGGUCAAUGAGGGCCCUGAGUUUUGAACUCACGAUCGAUCGCUUACCAAGCAAACGCGCAACCAAUCUGGCUACGGAGACCCCCCGGCCAACGAAGCUUAAGUGUUAAAGAAUUUGAGACUAAAUUGCAAUUAAAUUCCGCACGAUCCUCGCAGUUGUUAAUCGUUCUGAUAAACAGUGGUAGCAUUUUUUUUAAAUACGGCCCAUGCAAAAUGGUGCCAAAAAUAUUAUUUUAAAAAAAUGUCGAUACUUUAUAUGAAUUCAAAAAGGGUCUCUGUUAGAAAACGUUGCGAAUGAUCGAAAGUUGUUCGACGUGUCAAAAGUAGUCCACUAGGGCAGGGAUGCCAGGUGAUUUUUUCAAAUGUCUUCACAAAUAUAUUCAAAUGUCUUUACAAUCAUAUCUGAGGAAACUAAAAUUCAUAACUUACAUUUGUGAACAAAGGAUAUAUUGCGCAACUGUGAGCUAAAUUUUGUAAGUUUAGAAAUGAUAAUUGGCUUGAUAAACCAUUGAUUGAGUGAUUGUAGCCCCACAAAAACGGAAUUGUGAUAACUCAAUUUGUUCAUUUCAGCUUUGAAGUUUUGGUUGUAACUCAAACCAUAUCCAUGAAACUAAUUAUUGAAACGGUACGUAACCGGAAAACCUUCGAAUUGUCAAGUGAUCGUUCAAAGGAUCUAGGUUAAUCUAUUGUAUAGUAUAGGCCCAAAACAAUUUAAAUACAAUGUCACAAUCAUUCGGAUUCUCGAGCGCAAAUGAACUAAUGUCUUCUAGAGACUAUAUGUAUUCAGACCGCUUGAAGUUCUGCAAAAUUUGAAGUAAAAGUCGCUUUGUUGUUGAAUUCAUUCUAUAUGUUUAUGGAUUUUCAGCUUGAAAAAGUUUGAAAAAAGCAAAUGAAUGACCCAGAGACAACAAUCUCUGUUGAUUACUAAGAACAAAAGUAAACAAGUGACACCCCGAUUCUCAUUUUGAAUGAAGUGGAGUACAGAAAUCUGUCUUUUUUCGCUUUGAGUUCGCUCAAAAAUGGAUCACACAACAAACGGCAGCAGCGCUUAAUCGAGGGGUAGAUUGUCCAGGUGCUCGUGAUCAAUCAUACUUGUUUGCGAUUCGACAGUUAUUAAUCCCUCCACUGUUACCUACGUCCUUUCAACCAGUUUCUAUCCGUUUCUGGUGGAUCCUUCGCAGCGUGCAUAUAUUUCCAAGGCACGUAUCGCAAAAGGUAGAGACAAAAAAAAAACAUCCGCUCAGAGACCAUCGUAUGCGGCGUGGCACUGCCACGGCAGUAAAAUCGAACGAGAAGAUAAAUUUCAAUUCACCCCGUCAACGUCGAGAUCCUGAUGGACAUGGACCGGACCGGACCGGGAGGGGGGCGUUGUAUACUAUACGGGCUUGCAAAUAGGGCAGCUCACUCACUCACUCCCGCAAAGAAAAGCUGACUCCGAUUCCGAUCCGGUGGACGUUGAAGAUGAAGGGAUUCGUUUCCUUUUUUUUUCUUUCGCUUCAAAAAUUGAAUUCUACAAGCGUUGCUCGGCUCUCAGUUCCCUCGGUGGGAUUCGUCAUCGUCACGCUUCAAACGGCGGGAUGCUGGCUAAUGAAUAAUGGAUCUUUCGGGGCGGGCGAAAAACUUGACCCAGCAAAGUAAGCAGCUGGAGUGUGGAGAAGCUGGCGAAAAAUCGAUACCAGCACAAAAAGGGACAUCUGGGAUUGGCCGGGAACGAUAAAAAAGCAGUUCGGUACGUUUUCGGCGGAGUCGUCGUCGUCGUCGUCCUUUAUUGUCAAGAGAGAUGUUCGUUUCGCGGGACCGGAAAAUUGGUUUGGAUUUAGAAAAUGAUGACUUUAAGCGAUACCAAAAUGCUGGCGCAAUGAAACUGAUUAUACCGAGAAAGCUUCAUAUAAGGGGGCCCAGAAAUUGCGGCGAUACUCAAUUUAAUUUAUUUUUCUAUGAGUGUUCCACGAAUGAAGAUCCCCUAACUUGCUUAGGAUGAGUGAGCGAGCGCUGUGUCCCAUUCAUGUCCCUUCAAUCGUUGUCGAGGGGAUCCAAGCUCGAGGGGAGGAGUGAUAAAGGACGUGAAUGGUGCUGAACUCCGAUAAGAGUUAAUUAGUGAAAGCGGUGAAAAUGUUGAGCUGUAAAAAGACGUUGUAAUAAUGAAAAUUCUACGAAAAAUAAAACGGGUUUUCUCCUUGGGAGUUUGCUCUGAUUUAGCUUAUUUUCAGUAUCAUGGAAUGUUGCUUAAAGUUAUGCUAGAAUUUUCAUUCAAGUGACAUCUAUAAAGAGUGCUCAUGAUGAUGGCCUUGAGUGCAAGCAAUAUACUCGAACUUAUUCCAUUUGCCGAGGAAUCUGUGUUACGAAUCUAGCCUAAUUUUUGGGCUCUAAAAUUUUUAACCAAAGGUUGUGGAAAGUUGGGGAAAAUUGUAAGGAUUUCACCACGGAAUUGCCUUACAUUCUCGUAAUCUCAUCCUCGGUCCGCGAAGCUAUCUAUCCAGUCAACUUUAAGUCGUAAUAGUAGAGUCGUGGGUCAGUCUAAACUCAAGAAGCGUUGCAUCAAGUUUGGCGUACCGAACGCGGCUUGUUCGGUUGAGUCCAUCGAUAGCUCUUUUUCAACGUAACCAGUGUUGGCAGGUCGGACCUUUGGAAACGUAUAAAUUUCUUCCUUCAACUCUCACCUCUCUCCAAUUCAAGCCAUUUUUGCGUCCAUCUGAGUAGUCCAUGACGGACUGACAAGGAGAAUAGGUGAGUAAGUUUCAGUGGAGUCCACUCUCUCUCUUUGAUCUUUCAUGCAGAUUAGCCAGAAUCAACUUGUCGUUUGCCAACAGCGCUCUCUACCAGAGUGUCGGGACAUUCCACGACAGCAUCGGAUCAUCAUUAGGCAGCGGUGACACUGGAUGCAGAAAAGUGGUCGUACGAAUUGUAUGCAAUAGUGAAAGUAAACAACCACAUUGAGUUGUAUUGGUGUGGUUACAUUGCUUCCCCCUUGCUUUGUUCGAAUUCGUCAGCUUCUAUCGAACAAAAUUGUUUGUUUCUAUUCGUACAAUCAAAUUUUCGUGCGUACUCCUCGCCAAUGUCACCUUACCCUUAGCCAUUAAAUCCCUACGUCUGCGUCUGCGUCUUUUCGAUCAUGGUUGCGAUCCCACAGAAAUGCUUCUGGGGUGUGGACUACACUGGUGUAAUCAAUUCGCUCUCGUUCGUAUCAUUUCUCUGUAAAAUUUAAGAAUGCGGCAGACCUGGAUUUCUAUGCGUUCGACCGCUUCAUCGCAAUUUGUUUUGGAUUUGUUGGAUUUGAUGUUUUGUGCGGUGAGCGUACAGCAAUCACGUCUAAACCGUUGGAGUCCUUUUCGUUUUCACUGUUAUAAACCAUGAGGGAAUCGUCCUCAGCGUGGUUUCCGCUCUUCUCGACCAAGCGUUCGUCUGUAUCGCUUGAGAAUGGGACUGAGGGAACGAACUCCAAGUAUGGCAGAUGCAAGAAUGGACAUUGCUUCGCAACCGGUAGGCUUAACGUACUUUUGUCGAUGAAACAAAAAGACAUUUCAAGCUUGAGACAGUUUGGGUUACGUCUUGGCGUGCCUUGUUCUUUAAGAAAUGACGGGGAUCUAUUAGAUCUCUCUUCUGAGAGCGCUGCAUAUAAAUUGUUAUCUUCGUCAUUGUGGGUAAACACAGUUUCCGGAGAACUAUUUUUUACUAAGCAAGGAGAACAACGUGAUAUUCACCCAUAUUCCAGAACCCGAUCGGGUUUGAAACUUCGCCAUCCGUUCAAGAGAGUACAUAUCCUGCAGAUAUACAGAUGAAGCAGAUAUACAGGUCGAUUGGGUUUGGAUCUCGGACGGAUUUUUAGAAUGUGGAAGUCGAUCUCGUUUGGGUUACAGAAUGCAACAUCGUGUUGAUUUCAAAUCCGCUCAGGUUCCGGAAUAUGGGUGAAUAACCGGUUUUAAGUAUUUCUAUAAAACUCUGGAGGGUGAUCAGUUUGAAUUGGAUCUCCCGCAAGAUAUCUCCUAUUCCCGAAUCCGAUCGGAUUUUAAAUUAGCACAAAGUUGUAUUUUGUAAUCCAGUCGAAUUAUCCGAUUGGAUUGUGCAAAUGUGGCAGUCUUAAAACAUAAUUCAAUAUUGACGACAUUGAGCUUCGUGUUGCAUUUUUGUGAAGCGAAAAUGGUAAGGUGAUGGAAUUUUUGGGUGGAAUAAACAUUCUUUCCAACUUUAAAAAAAACUAUUUUUAUAUGCUUCGGAUUGUCCGAUUUGGAAAACGGUGCAUUGGAGCUUUACUGCCGUUCUAAAGGUAGCUUCAUAAGGUAUCUAUCUCUUGAUCGCAGUUUCUUAUAGCUCUGAAAAUUUUGUAACGAGAGAAAAAGGAGGUAAUCGCUUGGUGCCACGCCCGGACUAUAUGGUGGAUGUAUUAAAACAUCCCAAUCAAGCUCUCGGAAUGGUGUAGCUGCUGACUAUCCUCAGUUGACUAUGACUAUGCAGAGCCCUGAUCGGCACCAUAAACACCAUUCACAAUUUCAGCGGCCUAGCUUGUAUUUUCGCAUUUAUAAAAUAAAAAGUGUUAAAUGUACCGAAUUUUAUCUUUGUUGGCCUCAAUCGUCAACACCCUGUAACUCACAACUGAAUGGAACAAACGAAAAACACCAAAGAUUUUUUUCUUUAGUAUGAAAUUUCAACCAUUUAAGGCUGCCUUUGGGUUUACUAAUGUGAUAAACAGUAAAUUGUUUCACAAAUACGGAUGCAUUGAAAUGAGCAAGGCAAUGUUGCCACUUUUGCAUAUGUCGACCGGAUUCGCUUCUCGUUCGGGUUACAGAAUGCAAAAGUGUAUCUCGAUCGGAUUGCGAAACCUAAAUCCGAGUGAUAAGCAAUAAAAUAGCACCAACAAGUACAUCGGGAAAAGAUGUCAAACCUGUUCACAGAAAAAACAAGUCUUAAUGCUCAGGACUACCAACAAAAAACCAUUACAUCGUGUCUCCACAUUCUAUACUUAAUUCUAAGGGUUUGAAGCAGCGUUUUUGGAUGCUUCCGGAAAAAUAAUGUUUAUGUAGUCUCACAGUUAGUGAUGUGAACUUGAAAUAUCUGAAAACAAUAAAAUUGUUUCAUUACACUUCUCGGUCACUGGACUGCCAUAAAUACUAAAAAAGAAAUUGAAAGUAGUUCACUUAUAAGAUUAUUGUGGAGGGCGUCUUGUUCCAGCUCGAUGAUUACCCUGCAGUUUAAGGGAAGUUAGUACAUCGAGUACGAAAGAGAUUUAAUGCAUUGUGGCUUGGACAAGGAAUAGGUUCUUCCCGAAAUUCUUCAGAAAUAAAACCCUUUGAGAAAUCCUCGGUCAUGUUUACGUCUUCCGAAUUACUGACCAGGCUUCCUGAUCGAAUCCAGUGGGACCAACAUGAUUUAUUUGUAUCAUGUGUUGCGGAGCCCGAUUGAACGACACAAUGAUGUCUAUGUUCAUCUGAACAGACAUCACUUGGAGAGACUUUGAAUGUCUUCCGUAAUGGUAGUUUCAGAAACCCUGAGAAAUUACAUCGUGGAGUCUCUUCAGACGAAUGAUUAUAUUUUUAGGAUACAUAUUGGGUAAUAAAUGAAAAACACACUAAAAAUCGGUCGCUUAUAAUUAUAGUUUUCUAAAUAAAAAUUGGUGAAAAUAGCGUUAAAGUGAGAGAAGCUCUCCGAUGAUUCCAUAUAUUUGUUGAGGCCGCAAGGCGUUUCCCUAACAUGGACUACAAAAUCGAAAACUGUGACGAUACAAGCAAGUUACGGGCUAAAGGCGAAUGAACUUUCACUUUUAAAGCCUCUAGAAUAUAAACAAUGUGAAGUUUAUGUUGUGGGUGGGGGUCUCCGUAGCUAAAAUGGUUGUGUAUCCGUAGUGGCAAGGGCGUUUCAUAGACAUUCAUAAUCAAUAUGCAACAAAUAAUCUGACAUAAUCCUGCGACAACCAUGCGGUUGAAUCUCGCACAGAGCCCAUUAGACUUCCGGUAUCUGACAACAGUUUUUGUCGGAUUUUAUGAAACAUAAUUCAAUUUAUACGCUACGUGAAGCGUUCCGUCACAGAAUGCACAAAUUUCCUCUCAUAUUAAAGGAAAAAACUGGAAUAAUGAGGAAGUGCACCUGGAUGCAACGUACUUUGGUUCAACUGCUUUUAUAACUGGUUCGAAUGAUUCAACGUGUUUCCAUCUGUCUACAUCCGUUUCAGAGCAAGCAGAAACUGAUUCGACAUCUGUCGACAUUUUCGUCUUGGGCUUGUUACAUCGAUAUCUCUGAUUCUUUUGACCGCGUCUGGAAGAACAUCUCGAUAAUUCACUGAUUAUUCAUAGCAAAAGCUCCACGAACAUUGUAGCCACGGGUCAUUAGACCGAUCUUCCAAAUAUUUCCACGUUCUCUAUGGCAGGCUCUCAUAUUUCCUUGUUGGUUAAAUAAGCGUCUGUAAAAUGGGACCUUCGUCCAAAGGUUCGAUCGAAAAGUGCUUCAAAAAGCAAAGCUGAAAUCGAUCUUGAAGAUUAUCCAAGAGAUCUGAGUGAACUGAGGGGUUUAACGAAGUUGUUUACCAGUAGCUUCUACUCCAGGACAUCAAAAACCUUCAUUCGGGGAAAGUUUCAACAGUGUUUUGAGCUGUUUUAUAAAUACUAUUCAGCACGUUCUUUCAAAUUCGAGAAAAAUAUCUUCGAUUUUUAUAUUUUUCUCAUCCUAAGAAACAAAUAACAGAAAACAUUUUUAUUUUUAAACUCACAAACCAGCGCAUUUAGCAUUUUUGGUGCUAUAAUCGGGGAACUUGAAUUGGCAGUUGCUCUGUUUUUGACUAGAGGAACAUGAGUGGAUAAUGAAUGACAGCCACUAUGUUUGUUUACAAACAUUGUAGUUCGCGAAAACAUGGCAGACUUUUUCAUUAUUUCAGCGUUUUCGGUUUGUUUUUACUUUUGUUUUGUUGAAAUGUUGUUGUGAGAAAAGUUCUUCAACGGAUGCUGAUAAAAUAAGCUCCGGAAAAGCGACAAAAGGAAUGUGCGACCAGGUUUUUUGAUCACCCAUAUUUUUUCACCAGAAACCUUAAACAUCUUUUUCAGUCAGUCAGGUUAGGCUGAUAUUUUUUUGGGUUAUUACAAUCACAUUUAUCCUGAUUACAUCAUUAGAAUCGUUUAAGUCGUUGAAUUGGUUUCAACUUAGAUGGAUAAAAGCGUACCAAGUCAAACUGUAUUCCGGAUGUUGAUGUUUUUUUUUUGUCAAAUGUCGAUAACAGUUUUACCAAUUUAAUGCAAAUAGAGUCGUUUAAGUUGGAGAUGUGCGGAACCUUUAAAUGAGUAUUCCCGGGUAAUAAACUGAACUAGGGUUGAGUGAUGUUCAUGGCAAAUGAAGAAUCAAUAGCUACCAGAAAAGGCGUAGGUAAAGUGUGGCUCUCUCAGUAGAUUGAAUAUCGUAGAAAAGAUCCCAAGAAGUACCCUAGAAACACCACGAGUUGAACUCGUUAAUGUGAAAUUGGUUAGAUGGUUAGAUGAGCGAUGGAUCACUCAGCCAAUGGUGGCUAGAACAGCUUUCGUAGCCCCUUUAAGUUGCGUGCCGUCAUUGGACCGAUCGCUCAAGAACGUGAGAAUGGCAUUCACGCUGGGGAUCUUUUCUGAAACCAACGCGCAGCGAAAUCGAUGCAUUUGUAGCUAACUGUAUGUAUAUUUUACGUGUGCAAUAAGUUAGGUUAUGUUGAUCACAAAUCUACCCACCGAACUUUGUUGAACUAUGGAGGAACCAACUGUGAGUGAAACAAAAAAAAGCAUGUUAUGUUUAGUCACCUAUUCUACAAAACGAGAACGUAUUGAUGUUUUAAGACAAAAAGGAAAUAAAUGCGAAAAAACGGGUAUUCACUGAAACUUCCACAAUAUUUAGGACCUAUUAAAACUAUUUAUAUUGUUACCAUCUACCUAUUCUUCGUCCUCUUUCUCUAACAUUGAAUUUAUGACCUUCAGAACAUUUAUUCUUGAUCAAAAACGGGGGGGGAAACUGAAGAGGCAUGUCAAAAUAUAAGUCACAGGUCAUGGCCAUGGAAUUUAUUGCACUGAACAUGUCAACAGUAGUUUCAUUAUAAGCGGUACUUUGAAAGCUUUUUCUGGGUACACGAAAAAUAAAUUUGUAGCUGAGAAACUAACAAAAAAGAAAAACUUUUACCCAUUCUUAAGAUCCUUCUAUCGCACGCAGUGUCGAAGCGAUGAAACAAAAAAAAAACACCAAAUCAACUUGAUUUAGUUUCAUCUUCUACAAGAAGCAAAAAAAAACAUUGUGCCAAAAUGGCUCCAAACGCCCGCUCCCCGGAGGCGUUCCGCCCAGCACUCUUGAUCACGUGACGCCAUUUUGAAGAUAAACUGUCGCAAAGGCCCGCGGUGAGAAAUGUAGAUAACCCCCAGCUUCACUCGAGUGGGGGAGAAAUGUCACGUUUCUUAAUCUUUCUUCCGCGUCGUAUCGCAUCGCAUCGUUCCCCCGUCCCCCCCCCCACUUCACCAAGAAGGGGUUUUUGUGUGUGUGUGUACGCAAGGGAUUACACACAAUGUGGCUCCUGCACCAUCACCGUCAGCACCAUCCACCAGGGGGAGUGUAAUUCUUUUCCUAGCCGAAAGCCCGGCAGCGAUGUGUAUGUGGGCCACGAGCAGUAGCAGCAGCAGCUGCUGCUCUUCAGAGGUUAACCUAUAAUUUCACCUGUGGAAGAAGCCGACGAACAUUGUUCCUGGGGAAAGCACACGUGGGUACUCAGCUCCAAUUGUUGUGGUGUUUCUUAUUUUAUUCUGGGCUUUCGUCGUAUGUGAUGGCGUAUCAGAUCAUUUGUGGGUGCACAGCUGUUGUUUCACAUUGAGCAUGGCAGGGAGGAUAAAGCUCUAGACACUUGGAAUCCGAAAUCGUUAAGUUCGCCCUCUUUAGGUGGGGGGUUUGAUAGGAUAAAGUAGUUCCGAUGAAAUUGUCAGCUUUUGUUCGAAUACAUCGUAUCCUAUAUUGGAUAUUCCGUUGGACAAUCUGAGCGGCUAUUUUAAAGCAUUGUCUAUUUCGAUUCAGGAAACGGAAGACAGAAGAAAUCACAUUCGCAAAAUAAAGUGCCCACUCAUUAUUUUCCAUUUCUUUAAUAUUUCGGGUUAAAAUAAAAAAUUGAAAACAUCGUAAUCAUUCUUAAAAUCUUAUUUAUUAUGUUUUUUGUAGGUUUCAUUCAUUAGGCAUUGAGAAAAAUAAAAAAAUUCUUCUAAAAAAGCGUAAAAAAUAACCGUUUUUGUAUUCCAAAAAAAAAGCAGUGACAAAAUAAAGCGCCCACUGUGAAAAUCGAUAUAUUUUCGAUAUGUUUCCAUCGUGAGAUCUCCCGAUUGUUUACGUUUUGAGUACUUUGACGUUCAGAAAAAACGCGCUUGGCGCUGGAGGAUUUGUACACUUGUGGAAAUCGAGAAAAAAGGAGAACGCGGUUAUUUCAAAAACCGAUUCCUUUGUGCAUCUGAAAAUUGCUCGUUCGAGAUGUCGAGAACAGCGAGUCACACCGGGCGGUUGCCAAGAAGUACGACAGGCAGCGGUCGGAUUUUCUUUUAAGAAGCUGAAGACGUUCGAAUCGGUGGUGGAUCGCCCAGACAGAGGAAGGAAACUCAAAAGAGACGCCCGAACAGACAAGAAGAUUAUCCGGCAAGUGUAGAAUGAUUCGGAAGUUAUCACAUCCAGGAAGAUCUUCACUUUUUGUUUCGUAUCGGACUUUCCGUCGUCGCAUCGAACGCAUGGGUUUAACAGCAGGAUGGCUUGGAAACGGCCCUUCAUUGGAAAGGUGAACAAGGCCAAAUGGCUCAAAUUCGCCGCGGAGCACUCCGAUAAGCCGCUAGAGUACUGGAAAACGGUGCUGUGAACAGACGAAUCCAAAUUCGAACAAUUCAAUCGAAAGAGGCGGGUUCGUGUGCCGGACGCAAGUCGGGUGAAGAGCUGUAGGAGCGUCGCAUCCAAGGGACGGAGGACACAACGUCAUGGUGUAGGAGUGCUUUUCAUGGGAUGAAGUGGGCAGCUUGGUGAAGAUUGAGAGAAUCAUGACGGCCGAGUCGUACAGUAAAAUCCUGCGAGAAAAUCUCGAGGUCUCCCUCAUCAAGACGGGUCUUGAAGAGCGCUGCCUUUUUCAGCAGAUCCGACGUUCCGAAGUACACGGUCAAGAUGACAAAAUCAUUCUUCCGGUCGUGUCGCAUCAAACCCCUCGAACGGCUUUCACAAACUCCGAAUCUUAACCCUAUUGAAAACCUGGGGGCCAUCCUCGACGCUAAGGUCAACAAAACCGGUUUCACCAAUAGAAACAAGUAUGUUGAAGCCCCGGAGCGCGCGUUAGGGUACUCGACCCAUAAAACCUGAAAAACUCAGUGGAGAACAUGCCGUAGCGCUUACAGGAGGACUUGAGGGCUAAAGGUGGUCAUAUUAAUCUCUGAAAUGUUCUUGUUUGACUUCAUAUAAGUCAAUCUUUUUUUCUGGAAUACAAAUUAUUCCCUUUUAUAUAAUAAAAUCUUCUACUUUUCUCAGUUCAAAAUAAAUGAAAUUCAAAAAGAAUAUAAUUAAUGAGAUAUUGAGAAUGAUUGCGAUGUGUUUACUUUUUAUUUUAACAAAAAAAGUGAAAGAAAUGAAUAGAAAAUGUGUUUACCAGUCUUUCAAACCACACCCAAACCAGUUUGCAGCGGAAGUUUGAGAAGACUGGUAAACUGGUUUGGGUGUGGUUUGGAAUUGCCUUUUUUGGAAGAAUUGGGGACAAUUAGGUGGAGUUAUGUUUAUGUCGAUGAAAUGAUGAAAUCUACCUCAUUGUCAAGAUACCACUGAAUAACCUGCAUGGCUGCAGUGGCAACUCGCUUAAUCAGGCCAAAUCAGACUAAAACUUUACAAGCUCUUCGUGUGUUUUCAUGGAACUCAGUAACCGUUCCCUUGCGCAUUUUUCUUCGUAUAACUUCCAGCCCAUCACUUCGUUUGUGACGAAGAUCUGGGUUUUUCGCACCACAGAUGCACAUGUCUUGCUAAAUCAUUAACUUCCUAGCAACCUUAUCCAUGAAAGUGAGCUUGAAUCUGCCGGAGACAUCUUCUCGUACCGUGACUAGGUGAAAUGUUUGACCAGGAAGCUGUCCGAACUCCAUUCUCACGUAUGUUUCACCGUCAAUGAGUAGGAGGGAUCCUUGGUACCUCAUCAGAACCUGGUCAUACAACCGAGUGCGAGGUUGCUAGACUCGGUUUGAACAACCUAUUUGGUUGCUUGUAAGUUCGGUUGGAUAGAAACCCUACUCUUGGAAGGAUUUUUCGAGCGGCACCAUAUUUCAAUGCGAGUUUAUUAUCUGACUGUUCAGGGUUUUCGUUGACAUCACACACGGUUACCUUGCCUUACGUAUCAAACGAGAGCCGGGGUGGCUGCUGUUGUAUCAAGAAGCCGUCUCCAUUCAACUCGGUUUUGGACUGUUUGUCGUCUGGAUGCCAGGUGUCUCAACACUCGCAAGUAACUUUCCAUCUGGUCAAGCCAUCGUGCGCUCUGUUUCUGGUGUCGGUGCGGUUGCUGGAAAGAAGAUUCUUAACCGGAUUGUCGUCCGUCAACCUUGCGACGUGUCCAACCCUCCGCAGUGUUCUGACUUUUGCCAGAUGUGCGACGGGGGCCUCACCAAGCAGAACGUGUAACUCAUGGUUCAUGCGGCUACGCUACACAAUCCGACAUCGGCUUGUACUCCCCCGUAGAUAGUCCGCAGCACUUUUCGCUCAAAGAUUUUAAUUGCGUUAAGGCUGCCAGCGAGCAAGGUGGUCGUUUCAAGCCCAUAGAGAACCACCGGUCUAAUCGGUAUUUUGUACAGCUGCAACUUUGUGCGAGGGCGCACCCGAUUCGAUCUCUGGGUCUUCCGGAGCGAAAACCAACCAAUGCAGUGCUCUAGCAAGCGUUUCUCUACCAUGUUUAUAGAACUCCCGCGGGAGGCCGUCUUUGCCGGUGGCUUUGUUGUUUUUAAGCCUUCAAAUCUCACGCUGUAUCUCAUGGAGAUCGGGGCCUAGUACACCGUCAUCUGCUGCUGGCUGACACAGGUCUGUUCCAUCUUCGCGUUCGCUAGUAGCGCCGCCAUCAGGUGCUCGUCGGAGCACUGCUUCCACUUUGUCUUGGUUCGUGAUCAGGCACAUAGCCUCUGCGGGAUUGGGUUUCCUUCUCGUGGAACUUCCGUGUUUAAUUGACACGGAAUAGCUCUUCCAGCUGCUUAUGACUACGAUCCUCCUGUUGGCACUUCUUUCAUCUCGGAAUCGUGAUCAUGUCGUUCCGUGACCAUCCGAGUUUGGUCAAGUUCUCCCGUGUCCUCAGGCUCUCAGGUAGUUCGCCCAGGUACGAUUUUUCUCCGCCACCGCUGUCUCGCAUAUCCCAUCAUAGCAGGCGUUUCUGCCGAUCGGUACCUCCACACUUAGUGUAUUUGUCGCGGAUUCCUUGAUGGCUGUGCGAAUUCUGCACCAACCUUCUUCAAGAGAUGUUGUGCCUAAUUCCUCUACCGUGGGAAGUGUCACGUCACAAACGAGGUAGUUUUGGCGGUAUUCAACUGUUUAGCGAAUGACGCACUUGAUCAGUGCCGCGUCGUGCCCAAUCAAUUUGCUUGACUGAUCAUAUAGAACAGGACCCAAUACAUCUUAGAGGUAUCUCCACAACUUCGUGCCUUACAGAUAAUGUGGCCUGUAACAUAUACUUUUCUUCAUUCAUAGGUAGGUUUUCUUUGGUAAAAUACUUUGGAACUUUGCUGUUAUGGCCACUAUAUUUCAUUAGAUUUUGCUUCAGCGUCUGAUUUGAUUGUUUGUAAAAUCGAUAAAUGCGAUAAACUCUUCCCACAAACGGAUUCUCCGGAUAGCUUGGUUGGAAUUGUAUUUUGGGCGUAAUCAGAGUUUAAAUACUCAGUCCGCUUAGUUCCGGUGUUCAUCCGUUCGCCCGGAUCUUGGAUCAAUCCGUCUGCUCCUCUAGUCAGUGUGAAUGAAUAUGGAUUUCCAUGCACUAAGAUGGGAAGCCUAUCUAGUACACUUUUUGAGUUUCGCGUUGUCCCAGUCGCUUUGAUGGUAGUGAGCUGCUGCACUCGUUUGGACGCUUUUUUUCCACGACGUUUCUGUGCUCCCCCAAUCGUACUUUAAGGUUCCGACGGGUUUGGCCAAUGUAUGUAACCGGGCAAGAUUUGCACGGAAUCUUGUAAAUACCGAACUUGUCAUUCGGCGGGAUCUUGUUCUUGGGGGAACACAGUAGAUCUUUCAGCGUAUGGAAGCUCUUGUAGAAUGUUUGAAAGCCGUGUAUAUCCAGGAUCCCUUGAAUGGCAUUCGUUACUUUCGGGAAAAACGGAAGACUAAUCCUUUCAAUGUCCUCUUUUUGUGGUUGAAGCGUGGUUGCGUUUUGGCGGUGUUUUUUUCUUUAAUAUUUCCGGAGGAUCUUGUUUAUAAACCCUUCGUUGUAACCGUUCAGAAAUACAGGCUGCCUUUCUGAACUGGAUUUUCUUCCAUUCUGCAUUUUCUAUUGGAAUUUUAAUGAGACAUUGAAUAAAAAGCGGCUUGCUUCUGUGCUCCAAAAUGGUUAGAGUCGGAUGUUUUUAAACCGGUCCGUGGUGGUCGGCUUUCGGUAAAUGCCAUAUUUUAGAGUGUUGUCUUCUUUUCUUGUGACCAUUAGAUGAAAGAAAGGAAAUUUUCCAUUCGACCCUUUUUUUUAACGUACUAUGCCGAGAAAUUAACAAAAUCAGAUUCUGCGGCAGAUGCAAAGAUGUCAUCCAUGUAGCGCCACCAAACACGAUGGAAAAACUUUCUUUUUGGAUAUCUACUUCAAAAUGAAAAUUUCAGCUAGAAGCGGAGAAAGUUUGUUGUCCAUGCUGAGUCCAAACGUUAUUGAUAAAACUUUCCUCUGAACGUGAAGCAAUUUUGGUUCAUGCACACUUCUGCUACUAUGAGAUACGCCUUGAUGCGGUUUUAUGGUGCUCGGCAGCGUUCCAAAUGCGUACGUGAACUGCGUAGUUUUCAAUGCCUUCAAACGCAGCUUUGAUCCGCUCCAACUCUCACUCAGCAUUUGAAAAACAAGUCGGGUUGAACCAAAAUUAUCUCCACUGAAAGAGCAACACUUUCAAAACAAACCGCCGCCAAAGCGCAGAAAAAACGACAACUAGGGGCGCUGCUGUAGAAAUCGCGCAGUGAGCCCAGAUUCUAUACGACUAGAGUUUCAGAAGAAUUCCCACGGUAUGCAAAAUCGGUGGAUGGGUGGGCGUCCUUCACCUAAAGUUUGCGUAAACUUCAACCAAGCUAGUGCCAAACCCAUCCAUCGCUCAAUCACCGCUGGAUUGUUUGGACGUUGAAAAACACUGACUGUGCGCAAUAAAAAAGUAUUCGAUUCCAAUGUUUCAACGUUUCAACGCGUCUUUCCAAGAGUGAACUCCCGGGGCAGCAUCCAGCGUCGACCAUCUCCGGAAUUGGGGAGGCAAAUUUGACGGUAAACAGAGAGCUUGAUGAAUGUUGAAUGGGCCUGGCGUGAGAUGAGCGGAGGGGCGACGGCAGUUUUGAAACACUACAGAAAGCAAUAUCGAACAAAUGUUGCUUUUUUCUCGGCUCGUAACGCCGAUUUGCUUUCGAGCGCGCACACACAAUAAAUCAAAUCCUGAACGACGGCGACGUGGCCAGAGUUGGCCCCCUCCAGGGCCUUGCCAUAAAUAAUAGUAGCGAAAGUUGGCGAGAGAAAAUGGUGAGUUAUUCACAGAAUUGCCGGGAUUUGUGCAAAUUCGUUGGAGCGGUCGGAACGAGCCCGCAAGGGAGUGGGAGGUUUGUUGCUUGAAUUUCGUUGUUUUUCCGUGCACUUGUUUGGCUUACUUUCCCGCUUGGCUGUAGAAGAAUCUCAAAUUUUUGCUUUGCCGGACGCAAUAACAUAAAUAAAAUUGUAAGGGUGUGGGGUCGCAGAAUGAAAACAGAACUAGACAAACAUCGGAAGCCAACUGAGAGAAAAAGAAGCCGGAAUUCUUAAUUGAAUUGGUAAACAGAAAAGUGAGAUAACGAUGCAAACAAAAACCAAACUUUAAAUGCUACAAUAAAAUUUAAUUGUUUAAGGCGAGCUGCUCUACCGAUAAUAUAAACAUAUACGCAACAAACCACAAGUAGCUAAUCGGGCAAGCAAAUCGGGAAGCACAUCCACGGAAAAAAAGUAUUAACGCAUAGCCAGAAAACCAAAACGCAUUUUAAAACUACAGUAUUAUAACAUUGUAUAAUGAACCAAACAAAACCACUCUCACCCAUUCACGGAAUGAGAAUCUUGCGAUUAGCGUACCACCAGAAUUAUCAUUAUAGGAGGUUAGGAGAGGCUAGAGAAACACUUUUUGAAACUCAACAAAACAAAACUCCUUUCAAUACAAAACGAAAAAAAAAAUUAUUAAAAAUGAAGUAUUUGAAGCGAAGAAAAUCAAUCACAUCACGCAAAAAACCAAAACCAAAUGGCAUUAUUAUACAUAUAUAUACAAAAAAAACACACACACACACACACAUUAGCGGAUAUUAUGAGUCAAGAAUAAAUAAUAUCUGGAGAUUUUAGAAGAUAGUGAGUAAUAAAUAAAAUUAAAUUGAACUUAAGAUACCAAGUGGAAAAUCAAGCAGAACUCUAACCAUAUUGAACCUAAUAAGAAAGAAACCAUUCUAAUAAUUGAAGCUCGUAGAGAAAUAAAACUUGCGCGGAAGUAGAAAAUGAAAAGGGGAAGAGAGAGAAGCACACAAACGUAAAUUCACUUGAAACGCAAAAAAAAACCAUAGCGCGAAAGGGUAGAGGGCAAUUACAAUAUGCUGAUAUGAUGUUUUCGAGAACUAAGGGGUUUGCCAAUCAAGAGCAUAGUAGACGGAAAAGAAGUAGCCCAUGAAUCAGUAAAUCUAGUGAUGAUAUAUGAAAAAAAAAACUUUGAAACAAGUUUCACUCAGUGAGAUGCGAAUAAUGCAACAUAAAACAAAAAUCUUAGCCGGAGAAGAAAAUUAAGAGAUAUAAAAAAAUGAAUAAAGCUAUUACAAAUGAACCAAAACUA